GUCCAUCUUAGCCCCUUAUUACUAUCUAAAUACCUGCCUUCGUCCCAAACAAAUACGUUCACUCCUAUCAGAGAUGGGCAGAAUCAAACGCCACACUCGUGCCCAGAGACGCGCCGCCGAGAAGCGUCAUUUCACUGCCAACAAAGCUCAAAGCGAUGCUCGCCCAUCUGUCACCGCCAGUGCUCCGAUAGCCGGUCCUGUCCUGCCCGGUAUCGCACUGCCAACUUCUAGGUACGAUAGGAAUCGCCAAACGCUGCUCUACAGUCCAUUUCUAACAUUCCUAGUCUGCCCAUUAGAACCUUCAUGCGUGGUCUGCAAGAGCCCACUUCUGGGGAACCACUCCAAUCUGCUCUGGAAGCUCUCGACCAGGCCCACUACGCUAUCAUUGCCGCCAAAGACGCUUUGGCUCAGUCCCAAAACUCUAUGCCAUACCAAUCGUAUCCAGCCCCAUUGCAGCCCACUGGCGCCGUCGAGUCCCAAGCUCCCGCCGAGUCCCAAUUCCUCGUUGCUGAUUCUGCGGCCUAUGCAGCCUUCACCCCCUUCGCAGCUCCCUCCGUCGUUUCCGAAUGGCUUUCCGGCAUCCCCGCAGACACGUCCGCCAUCCCCGCGGCCAUUAAGGGCAAGCAGGCUUAUUGCGGCAAGUGUCACCUCGAGGGCCGCGACUCGGAGACGCAUUCGGCCCAAGAUUGCCCGUUCAAGGCCCAUAGAGAGGUGAAAAAGGCGAAGCACAGGGUCAAAAACGGGGCGAAGAAGAGGAGGGAUAGAGAUCGGUUGGAGAAGUUCAAGGAGAAGAAAAGAGGGGAGAGAUGGAUCAAAAAGGCUGGGGAUAUGAUACUUGAGGAUAUGGGAUUCAAGGAUAUGUUCGAGCACCCGAAAAAGGUUGAGGAAGAGAGUGCGAGGGCGAUCGAAGAGAGUUGGGAGUCCUUCGUAGAGAUGCUAAACUAACCCAGUUCGGUCAUCACUCUCGCGCUCGUUGUGAUAUUUUAGAGGUGUCCUAACGUAGACUAAUCUUUUGAGAGUGGAUGUAAAGAUUUGAAGACCGUGAACUGGAUGAAGAAGUUGUAAAUCCUUUUCUAGCUCUAUUACGGCUGCCGGGGUACCACAAG